AUGUCAGAAGAAGAGCAGAAACGCGGGGAAGAGAUCCUCCGUGUCUUUAAAGAAGCUUUCGGCGAGCUUCUUGCCGCCGACCCAGCUGCCUUCAGAGUCAAAUUCCGUAAAAUGGCAGCGUCAGCCUUUGCCUUCUACCGCGGCUCUGCAUCUCUGUUCUAUAAUGACUUGCAACACGAGCAGAAGGGCAGUCCCUACCUCGACGAGCACACCAGCCGAGUCUGGAUCCACGGCGACUUGCACGCAGAGAAUUUCGGCACGUACAUGGACAGCCAGGGCUGUCUGAUUUUCAACGUCAACGACUUCGAUGAAGCUUAUAUUGGCCCUUUCACCUGGGACGUCAAGCGCUUCGUCGCCUCUAUUGCACUUAUUGGCUACGCAAAGGCCCUUAGCGAUAGCCAGAUUACCACCCUAGUCAACACAUAUGCUGCUGCGUAUCGUGAGCGUAUCAAGGCCCUCGCCACCAAUGUGAACGGCCAUUGCAAGGACGAGCACGGGAAUGUCCUUGGCUUCAAGUUGGACACCGCCAAGGGCUCCAUGCUUGGCGCACUGAGAAACGCGCGUUUUAACACCCGCAUUGGCCUUCUCAAUAGCCAGACGGAGAUCCAUGACUUCGAUCGUCGUUUCCGCGCGGGCGCUGGCACCAUACAACUUAACGACAAAACGCGAGCCAAGGUCCUCAAAGCCUUCGACCAGUACAAGGAGACGCUACCUGAUUCAAGCGUCCGCAGCCGUCCCCAGGCUCAACGGGUCAAGGACAUUGUUGGCAAACGCGGCGUCGGCAUUGGCUCAGCUGGCCUGCCAUCAUACAACCUCCUCCUCGAAGGGAACAGCGACGCUUUGGAAAACGAUAUCAUCAUAUACAUGAAGCAAGCGCAGGUCCCGGCUGCGUCAGCUUACAUUUCUGACCCUGCCAUCUGCAGCUACUUUAAGCAUGAGGGACACCGGACUGUGAUCUCGCAGCGGUCCCUGCAGUCAUAUGCGGACCCGUGGCUUGGUUGGACCGAACUGGAUGGCGUCGGCCAGUUGGUAGCAGAGGUUUCCCCCUAUGCGGUGGACCUCGACUGGUCGGACAUUAAUGAGCCGCAGGACAUUGCUGCCAUCGUUGCUGAUUUGGGAAGGGCUACGGCCACGAUGCAUGCAGCGGCAGAUAAUGAGAGUGGACAUUCGGAGCUGGUUCCGUUUUCCACGGAGCAAUCCAUUAACAAGGCCAUCGAGGCGGAUGAGAAAGGGUUUGAGGAGUUGCUUGUCAAGUUUGCGCAUGAGUAUGGUGCGAAGGCACAGCGUGAUCAUCAGAUUUUUGUGAACCUGUUCCGCAAUGGGCAGAUUCCGGGCCUGUGA